AGCCUCGAUUUUAUUUCGCACUGGGUAACCCCAAGCUUGUAGUUGGUUUUUAAUGUCAUGGCGAAUGAACUAAAGGUAAAUCUAUGCUUCUUAUUAAAUUGAUUUAAUAUUAUUAUUUAAUUAAGUGUCAGUUUUACAAUUCUAUAUUCAUUUUAUUUGAAAAUUAUAUUAAUGAUCUGAAUCUUUCUGAUUGGAUUGCUUCCGUCACGCAUCCCGCCCAUCGUAUCAAUUUAAUUCAAGUGAUAUUUUUCCCAAUGACGAUAAAUUAUUAUAGGAUAUUGUCAAUGAAUAAAUAUGAAAAUUUCUAGAUGAAAAGCUAGUGUAUGUCUUAUCUACUGAUAAACUCAUGUUAAUGUGAUGUACGAGAAAUUGUAAUAGUAUAGAAAAAAAAAAAUAUGGAUGAAGAGUUCCCUAUUGAGAAGUAUGAAAAAAUUUUACUGUACUAAAGAAGAAAACGUCGCCGAGACUAAAACGAGUUCAAUUGAAGCAUUACCAAUAUUAAUAAAUCCAAUUUGAAUAGAACCGUCUUUCUAAGAGUUAAAUGACAAGAUACAUUUGAAUUGUCUUCAACAGUUUAUCAACAUUGAAGAUAAACAAUAGAAAUGUUUAACAACGGAAUAUUGGCCCGGGUUCUAUACGAUUUCCGACCAAUUGGUGAAGGAGAGGUAUCUUUAACAGUUGGAGAGGAGAUAACAAUUGUUAAGGAGUCGGUUGGAGAUGGCUGGUGUGAUGUUCGAAAAUCCAAUGGUACUGUUGGUUUAGCGCCAAAGAGUUAUAUUGAAACUAUAGAAUAUCCCGAGCCCAGGGUACCUCCACCCCCACUACCACCUCCUCAAAAUAAUUCAUUUCAAAAUCAAUGGAGUGAUGCCAGUAAAACCACAGCUAAUCACAGAUGGGGUACACCUACAUAUCCACCACCUAGACCCCGUCCUGAUACAAUUCAAACAAAUCGCGUAGUACCCAACUAUGGUCAACAACAGCAGGGAUAUCAGCCUCCAGCUCAACAGAACUCUCCUCCAAAACCAAUAUUAACACCAAACGACGAUUGGGACGAAGAUGAAGAUUGGGAUGACGAUGAUUCAGUAUCAACUGAUCAUACACAGGCGGACACUCAAAGUCAAUAUAGCGUAUCAGGGGUAUCAAGAGAUUCGAAGUAUGGCACAAUUAGUAAAAAAAUGAAUAAAGCGAACUUGAAAGGUGGCGACGCCUAUUUGUUUGGUGCUGUUCCUGAUACAUCGCAUGAAAUCAAUCAUAGAAUAGUGCAUUCAAUAGAAGGCCCUAUGUGGGAAGAACCUGCAAAUCAAUAUACGUGUAUUAUAUCAUCACCAACAAAAGAGAGUAAAAUGAAGGGGCUAAAACAUUUUAUCGCCUAUAAAUUAACACCAUCUGCAAAUUUUAGUGGAAUUCAAGUUUCAAGACGUUUUAAACAGUUCGAUUGGCUACAUCAACGCCUAAUCGAAAAGUUUCCAACUUGUCUUGUUCCUCCAUUACCCGAUAAACAGAUAUCAGGACGUUAUGAAGAUGAUUUUAUCAAUGAACGAAUGCGUCAAUUACAAUUAUGGGUGAAUAGGUUGUGUUUACAUCCAGUCAUAUCGCAAUGCAAAGUUUGGCAUCAUUUCUUAAAAUGUACGGAUCUAAAAGUAUGGAAGACGGGAAAGAGAUCAGCUGAAAAAGACGACUUUCAAAAUGUAAAUUUCUUUCAUACUGUGGGUGUACCUUCUCAGCCUCUCACGGUAGAACAAGUAGAUCCAACAUUAAAUAACUUCACUAUGUUUGUUAAGACAAUGGAUGAUAGCCUAAAACAUCUGAUAAACGUUGGUGAAAGUAGUAUGAAAAGAUAUCAAAAUUCGUUUAGAAAGGACUUUGUAAAAAUUGGCGAAUCUUUGGUAGCUCUAUCAAGAUCGUUCGAUCACGAUAUGAGACCAGAUAAGACAGGAAAAACAUACGAAGACAUUGGAGGUCUUUUCGGCGAGCAGCCGAGAAAUGAUAUGGUGCCACUUUUAGAAGGUUUAUUAGAAUACAAAGGAAUGUUAUCCGUUUUCCCCGAUAUAUUGCGAGUAGAGGAGAAUUUAAGACAAAAGUUAGAAACUGUUAAAGCAAAAGAAAUCGAAUUAGAAUCGGCAAGGACAAGAGCGGAUGUGAUUACCUAUGCCACCUUAGCCGAGCUAAAUCACUUCCAUAGACAUCGCGUUGCCGAUUUUCGGAUUUUAAUGCACGGUUUUAUCAAGGAGCAGAUAAGAUUUUACGAAGAAAUUGUCUGCAGACUGAAAGAUCAACUGCCAAACUACGAAACAUAA